GCAGCUUCUGCUAGAGGCUAUAAGAAGAUAGUCCAGAUACUACUCAACGCUAGCGCCAACGUUAAUCUCAAAGGUAGACUAUAUAGCAGCGCGCUACAGGCAGCUUCUGCUGGAGGCCACGAGAAGAUAGUCCAGAUGCUACUCGACGCAGGCGCAGAUCCACUCGAAGAAUAG